AGCGGCACGCGCAUCACAGGUGACGUAGAGCAGCGGCAGAGACGAUCAUCAGCGCCGGCGGCUGCUUCUCACCGAGGCGAAACAAACAGCCACGCAGCGUCGUGCAGUCACAGCAUGUAGUCAUUGAUUAGUGCACUCAGUAUAUCGAUGGCAGGAUUUAUGACGGACACUGUGGAAGCGCGCGCCGCCGCUGCAUCUGCUUCUCUUUGAGGAAAGACCGCCGGGUGCCCGCGCGUCGUCGCGAGGAAGAAGCGUCCCGGAGAUGGAGGAGGAGAGGACUGCGGAAACCGGGGAUGAGGGGACAGCGAGCGAGGCUCUGGCUGCCGGCCUCACCAUCCAGCUCGACCAGGGAGACUCCGAUUCAACCAAGAAGUCUCAGACAACAGAGAUGCCGUCCCCAUUUGGACUGGGCCCCGCUCAUGAGAAGAAGAUCGGCCACAGGAGGAUUGAUGCCUCUGGUGAGACAACAUACAAGAAGACAACCUCCUCUGCCUUGAAAGGAGCCAUCCAGCUGGGUAUUGGCUACACGGUUGGCAACCUCAGCUCCAAGCCUGAGAGAGAUGUGCUGAUGCAAGACUUCUAUGUGGUUGAAAGCAUCUUCUUCCCCAAUGAAGGCAGCAACCUCACACCGGCCCACCACUUCCCAGACUUCAGGUUUAAAACCUACGCUCCUGUGGCCUUCCGCUACUUCAGGGAGCUGUUUGGAAUUCGACCUGACGACUACCUGUAUUCUCUGUGUAACGAGGCACUUAUCGAGUUGACAAAUCCCGGAGCAAGUGGCUCCAUAUUCUACGUUACCCGCGACGACGAGUUCAUCAUCAAAACUGUGCAGCACAAGGAAGCUGAGUUUCUACAGAAAUUACUCCCUGGAUACUAUAUGAACUUGAACCAGAACCCCCGAACCUUGCUGCCAAAAUUCUUUGGCCUCUACUGCGUCCAGAGUGGAGGAAAGAACAUCAGGGUUGUUGUGAUGAACAAUAUCUUGCCACGCUCGGUGCGCAUGCACCUCAAGUUUGACCUGAAGGGCUCCACGUACAAGAGGCGAGCGUCCAAGAAGGAAAGAGAGAAGUCCAAACCCACCUUUAAAGACUUGGACUUUAUGAGCGACGUUCCUGAAGGCCUGAUUUUGGACCAGGACACGUACAGUGCUCUGGUGAAAACACUGCAGAGAGACUGUUUGGUUCUGGAGAGUUUUAAGAUCAUGGACUACAGUUUGCUGCUUGGAGUCCACAAUAAAACCCAAGCAGAAAGAGAAUAUCAGUCCCAGGGUUCACCUGCAGGCGGCGGGGAUGAGAAGAGGCCUGCAGCUCAGAGAGCUCUGUAUUCCACCGCUAUGGAGUCCAUACAGGGAAGCUCCACCUGCAGAGACACGCUUGACCACGAUGACUCCAUGGGUGGUAUUCCAGCUGUGAGCAGUAAAGGAGAGCGCCUCCUGCUGUUCAUCGGGAUUAUUGAUAUUCUGCAGUCCUACAGACUGAGUAAGAAACUGGAGCACUCUUGGAAAUCUCUCAUCCAUGAUGGGGACACAGUGUCCGUUCAUAGGCCUGGUUUCUACGCUGAGAGGUUCUACAAAUUCUGUAGCGCCAUCGUGUUCAAGAAGAGCAGCUCACUGCGGUCCUCUCCGUCUAAAAGGGGCAGAGGGGCUCUGUCCAUGUCCAAGUCCGGCGCUGGAACCAGUUCAGCUGGACAACGACCCUCACUGAGUGAAGAGAUGCAGGAAAACUUGGAGAACCUGCGAGGAGCUCGCGGCUUCCCCACGCUGGAGGAAAAUGGGAGAGAACCACCCUGCACUCCUCCUUCAUUUGAAGAUGCCACCACGGCGUCUAUUGCCACCACGCUUUCUUCGAACAACUCCUUACCCACCACUCCCUUCGAUACCCCAGAGCACCCGCGCUUCAGGAGACAGAUGAAUUCCCCAAAUGUGGUCAGGUCACAAAAAGAGAUAGUUGAGGUGCAUGAGGAAAAGCAGGACACCAUAACAGUGGAGGUGGAACUAAGCGAAAUCCCCAAGAGCACGGAGCUCACACAGAUAACAGAGAUGACCUCUCCUGAUCAUCAGCCCCUCGCCUGUCCUCCGUCCACACCUCCCUCCGUUAGUCCGUCCUCAGCCUACUCCUCCUCCACCCUCCCUCCUUCCUUUGUUUCUUCCUCUUCCGCUGCUGCAUCAGCCGCGAGGUCACCGUCCACACGUUCGCCGUCCACCAAACCGCUCACCUCUCCCACAGCUGCUCGGCCUCCCGCGCAGUCUCAGACAACUGCCGAAAUCACACUUCCCACCUCGGCGAACGCUUCCACGCUCCCUCCCGCCUCAGCGUUUACUCCCAUCUGCCCUGACUCUCCUCGUGCCUCCUCCCACGUCCCGUUCACACCUCCCUCCUCUGCUUCUCCGAGCUCCCAGGCUCCUCGGCAGGCCCCACGCCCGUCGUGCAAUCAGCUGUCUUUGUCCAGCAGCCACAACUCCUUGGAAGGAGAGGUGCAAGUGUCUGACAUCUACUUCUAUGCAGAUGGCAGAUAUUGGGUGUACUCUCCAGUUCUUGGUCGCCGUAAGCUAAACUCUAGCUCAAGUUACAAUACUCAGGAGGACCGGAGCUGGGUGUACUCUCCUCUGCACUACAGCUCAGAGUCCAGACGGAGCUCCGAUGGGGAGAGCGAGACAUAACUCGCAGUGGAGGUGGCAGUGAUGGAGGAAGCCAGAGGUUGUCUCCACAUACACAAAGCUGUGAAGUUUUAAUAAUCAAUUUCUGCUUAAGCUCCAUGUGGAAGCUCACCUUGAAGACUGUGACACACUAAAGGGAGAAAUACACAUGGAGGGCAAACCUACUGUGGGUAAUGACAAACCAUCAUCACAAAUCAUUAUGCAAACAAAUAGUAAAUCAUAAACCGCGAAAUUCAUGGACAAUCUGACUCUGAAUAUCGAGUGGAGGAAUAAACUGUGAACGUUUGUACUGUCCAUGAGUCACUGUGCACAGUGCCAGCUCUGGCUAUGCAAUACAAACAUACAUAGAGACAUACGGUGCGUGAUGUGAGUUCCUCCUCUUCCAGAUGAACGCAAACGUUUAUUUUCAUUAAGGCUGUAUAUGAUUAUAUUUUUAGCACCUUACCAAUCUAUAUAUGUGGCUGAAGUCUUAUGAAAUCGUAUACGUGUUUUAUUUUUGUCAUCAGUGUGAAGAAAAAAAAACCCCACCCACUCAAAAACAGUUCAUGUUCUGUGUUGCUGUGUUUGUUCCAGUGGUGUUUGGUGAUCCACUCAAAAUACUUUGGUCUGACUGUGAAUGCUUGUGUUCAAAAUGCCUUAUUGACAAACUCAAACAACAACAACAAAAAUACGAACAAAAUAAGUAAAAAAUAUGCAGAGAAUUAUACUGUGCAUAAAUACCAAAACAAAAUACACAACAGCCAUGCAUUUACACCCUUUUCAGAACAGAGACAUCGAAAUAGGGCAAAGGAAGGAGAAAUAUAUCAAGUUAUGAUUAUUGUUUUUUGUAAAACAUGUAGAACUGUAUGUGUUCAAGCACAUGCAUGCACGUCUCGUCUGUGCCCGUGUGUCUCUGUGUGCAUGUGUUUGCAUGCAUACGACGAGAUCUUUGUUUUUGUCAAACUGUCUAAAGGAUGUAACUUCCACCGUGUCUGAAGCAGCUAUGAGCAUGUGGGCUGUGUGAGAAACGUCAAACAUGCUGUACUCCUGCUGCUCUUUGACGACACUGAGUUUAUCAUGAUGAUAUCUUACCAAAUGAAACCGACUGAAACAACAUGGCUAAGCACUGCUGGAACUUGUUAUGGCAUCAUUUCAGUUUGCUGAAGCUGCCUGUUUGCAGGCUACAGUAUUCGACGAGGAUCACUGUGUAAAAGGAAUUAAACAUUAUAUUGUGUAAAAAAACAAAAAA